AACAUAAACCCUAAUAAGGGUUUAAAGUUUAAACCAUUUCUACAAACUUGUGCGGUGAGAUUCUGUUCUCUUCCACUCCAUAGUUCCAUUCCAUUCCAGCAAAAAUGGCUACCACGUACAUGGCUCUAAGGACCACAGCAAAAACCCUUCUGGGCGUUGCUCACUCUCCCGUUCCACAUUCUUGCCACCCUCUGAGUUUGAUCAGAACCCUCCAUUCCUUCGUUUCGCGACACCCAAGUUUCCAUCACCCUUAUUCUGGAACCUUCAGCUUCUUCUUCAGGGGCAUGGCCUCAGCUUCAGCUCCAAACCACAAUCUUGAUGAAGCGGCUUCCCUCGCCCCCGAUAAUCGCGUUCCAGCUACCGUUAUAACUGGUUUUCUUGGCUCCGGAAAGACUACUCUUCUGAAUCACAUUCUCACAUCCCAACAUGGCAAGCGGAUAGCUGUGAUCGAAAACGAGGUAUCGUGUUGUUGUGUAUGGGCUGCCCAUACAAUUCCACAAUAAUUCUGGUUUGGUGAGGUUGAUAUUGAUGGAUCACUGGUUGCUAGUCAUUCUUCUGUGAGUGAAGACAUUAUCAUGGUUAACAAUGGCUGCCUAUGCUGUACUGUGCGAGGAGAUCUAGUUAAAAUGCUACUGGAGCUGGCUAGAAAAAAACGAGACGUUAUUGAUCAUAUUGUUAUUGAAACCACAGGUCUGGCAAAGCCAGGCCCUGUUAUUGAAACAUUUUGCAGUGAUGAACUGGUUUCUCAGUAUGUGAAACUUGAUGGAGUUGUAACUUUGGUUGACUGCAAGCAUGCCAUGCAACAUUUAAAUGAAGUAAAACCAAGAUUUGUGGUUAAUGAGGCAGUAGAACAAGUUGCAUAUGCUGACCGAAUCAUUUUGAACAAGAUAGAUUUGGUUUCUGAAUCUGAGUUAAAUGCACUAACUAAGAAAAUUAAGCACAUCAAUGGAAUGGCACAAAUUAAGCAAGCUAAAUUUGGAUCUGUUGACAUAGACUUUGUUCUGGGGGUAGGAGGAUAUGAUCUUCAGAGAAUUGAAUCUGAUGUCCAUGGAGAGUGUCCCUCGUCGGCUAGCCAUCAAGAUGAUUCCGGACAUGAACACACAGGGCAUCACCAUCACGAUCAUGUACAUGAUUCUGCUGUCUCCAGUGUCAGUAUUGUUGCAGAGGGAACCCUAGAUCUUGAUGAGGUUGACGAUUGGCUUGAGAGGUUGGUUGAAGAAAAAGGAGAGGACCUAUACAGAAUGAAGGGUGUCUUGUCAGUGGAUGGUUCUGAUCAACGAUAUGUGCUUCAGGGGGUGCAUUCCAUAUUAGAUGGCAGCAAAGGAAAAGAAUGGGAACCUGAAGAAAAGAGGAUAAACAAACUUGUGUUCAUUGGAAGGAAUUUGGAUGAAACCACCCUUAGAAAAGGUUUCAGAGGUUGUUUAGUCUAGUUUUGAAACAAUGUCAUGGGUCAACUUCUGAAGAAGCAUCCCUUAUGGUCAGCACAUUGAACCACAAUCGGAAAAUGCUUGUUAUGUAGUGCUAAUUUUAUCUUAUACUUUGUGCAUGUCAAAUUACAUUGAAACCAAUAUAUUAGAUGUAAAUUAAGAGUUUGUGGUAUAGUAAACAA